AUGGGUGCUACUCCAUAUUAUUCUUACAAUCAGUCCUUAGCUAUGCUUCGGCCACAAGUCGCGCCCCUUCAUUACGCGGCACCUUACGCAACGUCUGAUACUACUUCUCUCCACGAAGGACAACGCGACAAGGUAUAUUCUAUUCACAGCAACCAAGCUAAGAGCCUUAAUUUAAGCUCUCACACAUAUGCUAGUCGAUUAAGACAAGGUACUACCGCUUUAGUACUUCCUGUUCAACUUAGAGGCGGAAAGAAACGUCAGCGUGGUGGAGGGCACAGCACUGAAGAUUCCGAUGGCAUAGGAGAAUUAUUUGAAGAUGAUGAUAGAGGAACUCCUCCAGCGGAAAAACGCCUAGCAGUUGGGUUUACUACUGUUAACGGGGAAAUUCCAGUAAAGGAAUUAGAUCGCAAUGCUGAACAAAGAGAGAUUUUAAUUCCUAUUAGAUUAGAUAUUGACUUGGACACGCAUAAAUUGCGGGAUACAUUUACAUGGAAUCUUAAUGAAAAAUUAAUUGGUCCUGAACACUUUGCUGAAAUAAUGUGCUAUGACCUUGAUCUUCCAAUAAAUGAAUUCCGUCCUCUUAUCGCGGACUCUAUACGCAAACAAAUUCAAGAACAUGAACCUGUAGCGGAAAGUAAUGUCUCCACGGAAGAUACUAGGGUUACAAUUAAUCUUGAUAUUCAUGUUGGAAGACUUAAUCUUCGUGAUCGGUUCGAAUGGGAUUUGAGUUCGGAUCUGACUCCAGAGGAGUUUAGUAAAAUCUUAGUCGCAGAUCUUGGAAUUGGUGGUGAAUUUGUUACGAUGAUUGCGCACAGUAUUCAUGAACAAAUAUUGAAAUAUAAAAAGGAUAUAAAAUCUGAUGAUUCGGACAAUGAAAGCGCUCCAUUAAAAUCUGUUUUUCGUGCAUAUGAAGAUGCAGAUGAAUGGAGUCCUGUAUUGAAUUUAUUAUCCAAUGAAGAGUUAGAAAAGAUUAGAUUGGAUCAAGAAAGGGAUAUAAGGUAUGCUUUCGAACAAUUUUUUUAA